GUGAAUAUUCGUCGAAGAUCUCGAGGGAUGGAAAACUGUGCGUUUGCGUAGCUACAGGUGUUACCCGUUGAAUAUAUCUUAUCAUCAAAGUAUACAUGCAGCGACAGCUUCUGGUGGCGUCUAAAUCUUCUUAAUCGUACAUAUAAAGGAAACUUUCGAAAUCGUAUAAAUAUCAAGAUGGCGUCAAACGGAGAUGAGAUUCCAACAAAGAAGAAGAAACAAGUUCGUGUUUGGGCUGACGGCUGCUACGACAUGGCUCAUUUUGGUCACGCUAACUCGCUACGUCAAGCGAAAGCCAUGGGCGACUAUUUGGUCGUCGGCGUUCACAGCGAUGCCGAAAUAAUAAAGCACAAAGGGCGACCAGUUGUAAGCGAGAAAGAUCGCUACAAAAUGGUCCGUGCUAUUAAAUGGGUGGACGAAGUGGUCGAAGGAGCGCCGUACGUGACCAGCCUCGAGACGUUGGAUCGCUACAACUGUGAUUUCUGCGUUCAUGGCAAUGAUAUCACGACGGAUGUGAACGGAGUGGAUUCGUAUAGGUUCGUCAAAGCAGCUGGGCGUUACAAAGAAUGCAAACGCACCGAAGGUAUCUCCACAACCAAUCUUGUCGGAAGAAUGUUGCUGCUUACCCGCGAUCACUUUCAGGUCAAAUCCCCCAUCGGUUGCCUGGAUACGGAUAUGUUGGGGCAGGGUAGCUCGGAUCCCUCCGGCAAGAGCCCGUGGACCUCUGUGUCACACUUCAUGCCGACCACCCACAAGAUAGUUCAAUUCUCUGAUGGCAAGGAACCGAAGCCAACUGACAAGAUUGUAUAUACCCCCGGGUGCUUCGAUCUUUUCCACACUGGUCAUGUCGACUUCCUUAUGCAUUGUAAGGAAAUCGGAGACUAUGUGAUUGUUGGCUUGCAUACCGACAUGGAGGUGAACCGGUACAAGGGCACCAACUAUCCAAUCAUGAACCUUCAUGAGCGGGUGUUGUCUGUCCUGGCAUGUCGUUAUGUUGACCAGGUUAUCAUCGGUGCACCAUACACUGUCACAGCAGAGCUGCUAGAUCAGUUCAAGGUUGACUAUUUCUGUCAUGGUAUGACUCCAAUUUCUGCAGACGUUGAUGGAAACGAUCCUUAUGCCAUUCCAAAAGCCCGUGGUAUAUUUAAGAUUGUGGACAGCGUAAGCAAUUUGACAUCGGGAAAGAUCAUCCAAAACAUUAUCAUGAACAGGUUGACCUACGAAGAACGCAACAAGAAGAAAGAAGCAAAGGAGUUCAAGGUGUGGGAAGCCAUUCAAAGCAAGGCGAAAAAAAGUCAAAUCAACGAAGGAAGCGAAAAAGUUGACUCACCAAAAGAAGCAUGAACUGCUACAUGAACUGCUACAUGAACUGCUAGGGUUAUGUAGUAACCUUGUGCCCAGUUACAAAACAUCAAAUUUUUAGGAAUUAGCUUUAGCCAACAUUUAGUUAUCCAAUGAAACUUUAAAUUGCUGAAAAGACAAUUGAACUGACCAAAUGACUUAGAGACAAAUUAUUUUGUUCUUAGAACAACUGUUAAGUUUUAAACCUUAGACAUUAUUUCUAAUUACUAAAUAAGUUUUACCACCGAUUGGGUAAGAUUCAGCUGUGAUGUAUGUUAUAAUUUUUGGCAAACGUUUGAUUCAUGCACAUGGAAUUGUUGGA